ACAUACGUAGCUAUAACUUUGCCUCCUUCACAUCCUGUCUUUCUUGGGAGCUUGGCAUCACUUCACUGAAUUGUUCAUUUACUGAUCAUCUACAGAGUCACCAUGAGGACCAAAGCCAUCCUUCUUAUGUCAGUGUUUAUACUGAUACUCUUGAUUCCCGUAUCUUUUGCUACCGGCACUCAAAACUAUACUCUAGAGAACAAUACGACAUCUACUCAAACUUUAGGCUAUUCACACUCUCCCUCUGGAGCUACAAACAGCACAACAACAUCCUCCCCAACAUCCAAUUCAGUUACAACCGUUGUUCCAUCAGGUACAACAAAUACAGCUCUACCUAGCACAACUUCCUCACUCUCCACAACCGAAAAGGCAGUGAAGAUUUGGCUUAUUGUCAUUCUGUUGGUCAUCAUGGUUUUGAUGGUGCUUGUGGCAUAUCUCCAUCACGUGUGCCAGCAGUCCGGCCAUAGCGGCUCUGUGCCCAGGUUCCUAUUAGAUGUGAGGGAGAGGCUGAGAACCUGGAUCAGGAACCUGGAGGACCACCAGGGUGUUCAGCUUUGGCCAGGGGACAAGAGACCAGCAGAGGAUGCCAUGGAGGAGGAUGCCAUGGAGGACACAGAAGGAGGACAGGCAGAUGAGGGAGAGGUGUGGAGGGGUGGAGAAGGAGCUAAUAAUGAACUAAGCAACGAGGAAAAAGGAGAACACAAGGAGGAAGACAGCGACACUUCGGAUGACUGCUCAAGUUUGGAGGGGGAUGAUCUGAGGGAGAGGGCACUAAACAGACAGAAUGAAGAGGAGGGGAACCAGAGCAAGGACAAGGAUGAGGAUGAAACGAGUACCUCAAGUGAUGAAGGUCAAAGUCAUUCAGAAGGAAUGAGUGGUGGAAAUAAAGAUGAAGAUUCUGAAGAGACUGCACUUGUAAUCUCCCCUCAGCAGGAUGUAUGUGAUGUGACUGUUUUAUAGUGAAACGAUGCAUGAGUGAAGGAGAAGAUUCUGACUGUUUUUAAUGUUACAGAGUUUAGAUAGUUACUUUAUCGACACCAAAUCAAUAAAUAAAUCAAUACAUUUGCCUUUUUCAUAGUUGUCUCUGUGCUCUACCACUGAAACUCCGAUGUAAAAAAAAAAAAAACACUGUCAGUGUGUGAUGAUCUUCAAAUAAACCUUUAA